UACUAUUAUUUAUUUUAAAAAUUGGAAAAUAAUCUGGCCUUGCUUCCUUACUUCCUUCAUUCGCUUCCCUACUAGACGUAGCCGACGGCUGCCAUUAAAUCACCACCAAGCUCAGUACGCAUCCUACUGAAUCUGGACGCAUUUCUGAAGGCUGAGGCCCAGCCUCGGGUGCUCGUGCUUUGUUCCUUGAAGUUUCUCUAUUUUUGUCCAAAUUCAGUGAAGGAUCGGGGCGGUGUUGCUGCUUAAUUUCGAGCUGGAGUUGUUGUUAUAUAGGAGCGAUGAAAAUUCAGUGCAACGUGUGUGAGGCGGCGGAGGCGAACGUCCUCUGCUGCGCCGACGAGGCGGCGCUGUGUUGGGGGUGCGAUCAGAAAGUGCACGCGGCGAACAAGCUCGCGAGCAAGCACCAGAGGGUUCCGCUGUCGAGCUCGUCUGCACAGAUGCCGAAGUGUGAUAUUUGCCAGGAAACAGUUGGCUAUUUCUUUUGCCUGGAGGACCGAGCGUUACUUUGUAGAAAAUGUGAUGUUGCUAUACACACAGCGAAUUCUCUGGUUUCAGCUCACCAGAGGUUCUUGCUCACCGGCGUUAAAGUAGGCCUUGAAGCUGCAGAGCCUGGUACACCUUCAUCAUCCUCGGGGAAAUUGCAUUCUCAGUCUAAUGAGAAAAAUGUAGGGCCGGACCCUCGCUCUCAGCCGAAGAACGGUUCGGUUUCACAAACUGGUCAAUGUGGUAAAAGUCUCCCUGUUGAAGCUACUGUACCAGGCGAUUAUUCAUCAUCAAAGAUGCCUUUUAAUGGAGGAUCUGUGACCGGAAGCGUUUCACAGUGGCAUCUGGAUGACUUUCUUGCACUUAGUGAUUACAAUCCGAAUUAUAAUUUCAUGGACGGUGGCUCUUCUAAGGCUGACAGCGGGAAGCUCGGAAGUGACUCCGACUUCUCCCCAGUACUCCGGGCAGCUGAUGCAGAAUUAGAUGGCAGCGAUGAGUUUUUGGGGCAGGCCCCGGAUUCAUUCUGGGCAGUACCACAGAUGCCGUCUCCACCAACAGCAUCGGGGCUUCACUGGCCUAGAAGUUACAACGAGAAUAUAUCUUACUCCACGGCAUAUGUGCCUGAUAUAAGUUCCUCUCCCCGGCAGAGCUUCCAAUAUCGUAACUCCAAUGCUCGUUCUUCUAAGCGAAGAAGACAUUCGUGAUGAUUCCCGACUGCCUGAGGGAACUAUCUGUCAGUUUGUGUGAUUUCCAUGCUCUAGAAACUAUCGUCGCAGGAUUGAAAUCGAUCUGACAGGUUGAAAACACCGGCCGAUGAUGGGAUGGGAAAGGCUUAUUUUAGUGGUAGUGUGUGCUUGAUAGUUGAUCCUCCAUAGUUGUGUUAUGGCUACAUUUAUAGGUAAGACUUAAUGUGCAAAAGUGAGAGAGGAUAUUUCUUCUUUAGAGUUUGUGUGUUGUAUUAUGUGGAUGGAAGCAUUCUUUUGAUGCUUUUUUUAUUUAAAUUUUGUUUGGUGUAAUGUUGGGAGAUAGUUUUGAUUAGAGUGUUAGAUUCAUGUCUUUGUAUCUUCAUUCACAUACAUGAUUGUAUGAAUUAAAAAAAUACUAAGAAAAAAAAGGGUCAUUUUGUGUC